CGAAGGUGAGCACACUGGCGCGCAUGCUUCGCUCCUCUCUCCGCCUGCUGCAACCAUUUGCUCGCACAACGCGAGUCCACGGCCUGCACACGUCGGCUGCCGCACGCUCUGCCGCUGAACCUCUGUCGCCGCCCAGCGACGCUGAGCUGCUGGACCGUCUGCUGAGCGGUUCCAUGUCGCAGCAUCGGCUCGAGGCGGAGCUCGGCGGCGACGCCGAGCGCGCGGUGCGCGUGCGGCGGCUGUACGUCGAGGCGGUCUCCGCCCAGGACGGCGUGGGUGACCCGGCCGCCGUGCUGUCGCUACCCGUCGAGGAAGUGGACGGCCCGGAGUUCUAUUCGAGCGUGCUCAGCACCAACUGCGAGAACGUGGUGGGGUUCGUGCCUCUGCCGGUCGGCGUGAUCCGGCCCCUCCUGCUCGACGGCCGCCGGCUUACGGCGCCGCUCGCGCCGACGAGCUCGCUGCCGAGCGGGUGA